CAGUCAGAGGGGAGGAUGCUGUGUCAGUGGAGGCUGCAGCUCACAUUGGAAACAGCUGCUGCUCCGACUCAACGCCAUUUCUCAACUUGUAGCUUCUAACAGCGACACUUGAAUUAGCACUUAGCAGAGGGAGGAUGUACCCGAGUUAGGGCUCUGUUUUUGGGCUGAAUUUAAGGUUUCCUCUGCCGGAGUUUGAGCUCCUGUGAAGUUGCUGUUGCAGAUGGAGCUCAGCAGGAGGAAGGUGCCUCUGUAUGGCCAGGCGAAGGUUUUUGCAUUGCUGGAGGGUUUAGACUCGGUGCCGGAGGAUGCAGAGGUCUACGUUGUUCUGGAGGGAUCCACACUAGUUCAUGUCACCAGGGCGCAGAGUGAUGUCAUGCUCUGCUUUAUAGUACCUGGACAUAACCUGGCUGAGGUGGUCUCUGUCCAGGCCUACCUGAUCACUGAAACCACACCCCUUAUCUGGGUGGGCGGAGCCACACUGGAGUAUGUCCAAGAUGAUGCUCAGGACCUGGCAGAGCACCUGGUAAUCCACGGACAUUGCCUGAGCUCCACGGAUCACAAGGAGCUGAGCAGCUUCUUCAACCUGGGCCAGGAGAGCUCUCGCUGGGCUAUGGAUCGUCGCGUGGCCUUGGCCAUGGCCAAUCUGGAUAUCCCCCAAAACUGGAAUGUACUGGGGAGCAACAGUGGAGAAGAGCACAGCCUCAGAGAGUCUCCCCUCCACCUGGCAGUGAGAUGGGGUCUGUAUCGGCUGGCAGAGCUGCUGCUGUGUCAGCCGGGGGGUCUGAUGGCUGUCAGUCUGCCAAACGAAGAGGGAGUCACGCCGCUGCAGCUGGCACAGACGGCAGGCAACACCGAGCUCCUGGAGCUGCUCACACACCCACCCAACCCUCUGGCCACGCCGCCAGCAGGUCUGUCUCAGGUGUGGGCAGACCGGUCCCGCUUGCUGAGGUUCUGCCAUGACACGGGGAACCUGACUCUGACCGUCCGCCAGAACUUGAGGUGGAGCUCAGAGGAGAGCCGGCACGCUGACAUCCUGCUUCUCAGAGACCGGCUCAGAGAUGAGGACUUCCUCAGAGAGAUCAAAGCUCUAAGGAGGGAGCGUGUGGAGACCGUCCUCGGGAAGGAGGAGCUGGUGGAUGAUCCUACGGAGAACGCACUGUACUCUGAUAUCAACGGAGCUGCAGUGGAAGAAAAUGACUAUGAGGAGCCGCUGAUGUUUUGCCUGAAUGAAGUGGACGAGGAGGACAACCCAUCGCAGUCUGACUCUGAGAAGAGCCAGUCCAUACGGGAGAGCCAGGCCCUGUCCCCAACGCUGGCUGCCGCUGCCAGACUGUCGGCGAUGAUACACGGCAAAGACAGAGUGUACGCCAACACCAUGCUGGUGGAUCAGGUGGACGACGCUGACAUUAAAUACCGCUCUCCAGGGGAGGAAGUGGGGAUCCCUGCACCCCAUGUUGGCAGCCCAUGCUGGGACUUCUCCCCCAGGACCCCCCCUGACUCAGGGAACUGCCCCCAGAACCGGCACCCAUCCUCACCCCACAAUGGAGAGAGGGGAGUCCAAGGCCCCAGCCUGGAGAAUCACAAGGAGCCAUCUCCUCGCAUCUCUCCCCCCUCUCCCUUUACUUCUUCCCCGUCUUUUCCUUCCUCCCCCCUGGCUUCCGCCUUCCGUUUGUUCGAGGGAGCUCAGAGGCGUCAGAUGCAGCCUUGUUUGCCAGUUUCUCCCGCUUUGAACCACAGAGGAUGCAGCCUGACUGAGGCGAGCCGUGGCCUGAGUCCUAGUCUUGAGUGUGACAGUGGCGAAGAGGACAUACUGGGACAUUCCUACCCCUGCUCAUCUGUAAAGAAGCAGUACAUCCUGCGAUCCAGCUCAAGAGAGGAGAGGGACUCUUUCAAUGCCUCACCAGACUUCAAUCGCACGCACUCUGACAGCACGCACACGUCCACCAAGAACCCAGAGGAAGCUGAGGUUCGCCUGCGCUCCUACUCCUACUCCUCCCCAAAGGCGAAGCCAUCACGGCCACUGCUAAACCGAGACGCCACCAUCACUGACCUGGCAGAAGAUGGUGCAUUCAGCAGCAGCGGCCGUUCUCUACUUCAAGCUUUAUCUCUCUCUAAAUCCCUCUCUCGUCUCAACCAAGUUAAGCAGAGAGCAUUCAGCCUGACUGAUACUGCCAGAGAAAAGAGGGUUUUGGGUUUCCGUAAGCGGGCCCAGUCAGCAGAGGAGGAGAGCAGCGCAUCGCUCCAACAUCUCACCCUCACAGAGUUCCUCAAAGAGAUCGAGGAUGAGGAGUGGGAUAAAUACAUAAUCCCGUCUAAAGUCGAGUCGGAGAAGUACAAAGUCAGCCGGACCUUCAGCUUCCUCAAGAGCAGGAUGUCCAGCACUCGCAACAAAACUAAGGUGAAGGGGAAAGAGGUGAAGGAGGGAAAGGAGAAGUCAGGAGCCACUAAUGGACACCAGUUUGUUCCUGUGUCUCCAUCUGGUCCCGCUCUCUGUGUGGCCUGUGAUAAGUCUGUUUCUGGGAAGGAGCUAUUGCAGUGCUCCAACUGUUUCCUGAACGUCCAUAAAAACUGUCGAGAGUCUGUUGCAGCCUGCGGGAAGAAGCCGCAGGAGAGGAAUGCACUGCUGAUGAAAAGCAAGACCUUGUCUCUCCCACAGAACUCUGGGAAAGACAACUCUCCAGCCUCCAUUUUCUCCUCUUCUUCUUCACUUCCCACAACAACCAGAGAGAAGAGAGAAACAACUGCCCCUCUCUCCAAAAGCCUUUCUAUCUCUAUAGACAACAGACGUCUGAGUGAUGCAGCAGGGGUGGACAGUGAGUGCAGCGUGACAGCUUGCACUAACAGCUCAUUGUCUGAUGAGGGAACACCGGUCACAGCGACUCCCCCGUCAGCUGAGCCGCCAAUCACCACACAGGAUGCUGUUGAUGCUGCUCUGAUGAGCGACCUGUCGGCUGACCAGCUGGGGCUUGAGGUGGAGUCAUGGAGUCUGGCGGUCAGUGCGGAGUUUUGCAGGCAACUCGACAGGAACACCAUUAAACGACAGGAUGUUAUUUAUGAGCUGAUGCAGACAGAGCUGCACCACAUCCAAACGCUGACAGUCAUGUCGGAGGUGUUCAGGAGAGGCAUGCUGGAGGAGCUGCAGCUGGACUGGGACUGCGUGGCCCGGAUCUUCCCCUGCUUGGACCCCCUGCUGCUCUUUCACAGAAACCUCUUUGGAGCACUGCAGGAACGCCGACAGGCUUCAGCCCAACCUGAGAACCCCCGAAAUUACCUCAUCCAUCAGAUUGGAGAUAUUCUGCUUGAGCAGUUCUCAGAUGAACACGCUGAGAAGAUGAAGGAGGUGUAUGGAGAGUUCUGCAGCCAUCACACCGAGGCCGUCAAUGUCUUCAAAGAGCUGCAGCAACAAAACAAAAAACUCCAAAACUUUGUCAGACAACAGAGCAAUAACACUCUGGUCAGACGGAGAGGGGUGCCAGAGUUUAUCCUGCUGGUGACUCAGCGCAUCACCAAGUACCCAGUGCUGCUGGAGAGGAUAUUACACUACACUCAGGAGGGAAGUCAGGAACACUCUGACCUAUCGAGCGCCCUGGCUCAGAUCCGUGACAUCAUCGCUGCAGUUGACCUGACUGUGAACAAGUAUGAGAGGUGUCAGGAGCUGCAGGAAGUUCUGGCCCGGCUGGAGAACAAGAGUUUCGCCAAGCUGAAGAAUGGCAAGGAGUUUCGCAAACAGGACCUGCAUAGCAAACACAGGGAUCUGCAGUAUAAAGGGCUGGUCUACUGGAAGACCGCCACAGGACGUCUGAAAGAUACUUUGGCUCUCCUGCUCACAGACGUUCUGGUUUUCCUACAAGAGAAAGAUCAACGCUUUGUGUUUGCUGCUGUGGACCAGAAGCCUCCUGUAAUCCCUCUACAGAAGCUCAUUGUUAGAGAAGUAGCCAAUGAGGAGAGGGGGAUGUUCCUCAUCUCCGCCUCCUCAGUGGGACCAGAGAUGUAUGAAGUUCACACCACCACCAGAGAUGAGAGGAAUGCAUGGAUGAGACACAUACGACAAGCUGUGGAGAGUUGUCCUGAGGAAGAGGAGGAGGAGGAGCGAAGUGCUGAGACAGAGGAGGCCAGGCGAGUGGCGGAAGUGAGAGUUCAGAAGAUCACCAAGUUCCAAGAGACACUGUUGGGUCAGGACCAGCGAAUCUGCAACAGCCUGGAGGAGAAGUUACAGCUUUAUGCUGAGCUCACAGAGUUAACCCUCCACUCACCAGAACCUGUACCACAUCGCCAUCUGCUGGUGCAACCUGACACAGACAAUGAGCCACCACGACAGGCCUCCUCACUGCUGACAGCUGCACUAAGAGAGGCAGAGAACCUGAUCACCAUCCUGCAGGCUCGUGAUGGUCCUACUGUAAAAAGUCAGAGCUCUCCGGUCCAAGGACCAGAGUGCUGCAGCUACAACAGCCACGGCAGCAGCAUUCAGGAGUCUCCCUCUGAGCCGGAUUAUCUUAGCACGCUCAGUAUGAGCUCCACCUCUCUUGGGUCAGACAAUGAACUGACGGGAAUGGACAGCGUGCUGUGGAGCUCUGCUGUUGAGCUCAGGAGAGGAGACACCAAAGGGACACUGUUAAAGGUGGCGGAGAGGGUUCAGAGCCUGACUCAGCUUCUCUACAGUCUGCAGGCAGCAGUGACCCUCCAGGACAGCUGCUAUGAAGUCCAGAAACUCCUUCUGCAGGAAGGAGAAAGACCUCAGCUCCGACCUCUCACUUCCCUCCCCAACAGUCUGGAGCAGGACAAGCAGAGGAGUACUGAUAAGAAGAAAGAGGAAGUAGAAAAGAAGGGUUUAGAGAGGAAGAAAGAAGAGGUGGAUGAGGUGCAGAAACUCCAUGUGAGGCUGAAACAGGAGCAGCAGCGCUGGGACAAAGAGUGUUUGGCCAGAGAGAAACAUCAGUGUGAGCAGGAGACUGUGCUGGAGCAGCGAGAGCAGCAGUGCCUCCUAGAGGCGGAGCGUCUGCGCUGUGAGCGGGAGGAGCUGGAGGCUCAGCUGCUGGAGUAUCAGCAAAAUCUGGAUAGACUGAGGGAGGGCCAGAGGAGUGUGGAGAGGGAGAAGGAGAAGAUCGAAGCCCAGCAGAGGCUACUGCAGGGCUGGAGACACAACCGCCAGAGCAGCCUGCCUGUUACGAUACCACUGGAUGGAUACAAGGUGUCCAGCCACAGCCGCUCAGGUAGUCUGGAUGGUAACUGCUCAGUGUACGAGAACGAGGCGGCUUUGCUUGCUUCCUUGCAACAGAACCACCUCCACCAGCCCGCUACCAACAACCAGCACCAGCAUCUGCUCUCUGCGCCGAGGAAGAACCAUGACGGUCCCCUGAGCAGCUCCAGCUACACCGCUAACCUCGGCCUCAGUGCCAGCCUCUACAACAGCCUCAACACCCUGCUGAGCCAGGCACACGGCAAACAGCCUCCGGAUGGUCUGACGUACCCAAAUUUCAGCAACAACCACAGCUGCCCCCGGCCUCUGAAUGACUCCAUCCACCCCUUCAGCAGCAGGGUGGCUACACAGUCACAAAGAACAAACAACACAGACUUCAGCCCGCAGUUGGGCAGGCGACCCCUGGGUCCCUGGAAGUCAGAAGCCACAGGUCACGGACUUUAUGAGGACAGCUACUCCUCCUCUCCCUCUCUGACCCCCCUCCUCCCCCCGCAGGCCUACCUCUCUCUUGAAGGACAGAAUGGAGAGGAGGGAGGAGAGGAGAACAUUGUUUACCUCUGAUAAUCAUUAGAGAGAAACGAGCAAUGCAAGCUGCCCGACACAUAACUGGACUGACAGUAUAUCUGUUGCUUAUAUGUGUUUGUGUAUAUGUGUGUUUUCAUUUUGAACAACCUGAAUGAUCCAGUAAGGGAACAGCUGCAGGGAAGAAGCAUACACAGAUAUAUGUGCCUUUAUCAGUGUAUGUGGCGGCCAUUAAUCAUCCUCUUCCUGCGUCGUAAAACCAUUGUGCCUUUUUGCGAACAAGUUCUUUGUAAAUCAGCUUUGAUACUUGUACCCCGUGUUUUUACUUCUACUAUGAUUCUUUUUAGUAUCUGUUGCACUUGUUUGAUGGCAGAGGUACAUUUGCACCUCAAAACACUGGGACCUAAAGUACCAGGAUAUCAGGACAGAAGUAUUGAUGUUAUUUUCCCAUGAGCACUUAAAAGAAAAUGGAAAUAUAUGAGAAGCCAAUUGAGCCCCUCCCCCAAUCUAUAUAUAGAGUGCUUUUAUUUCUCCAUGUGAUCUUUAAUAGUAUUUAUAAGGGAUUGUGAGCAUCUAAAAUACGUAAAAAUAUACUGACAUAAUUGUAUAAAUAUUAAAUAUAUGUAUAGUUUUAUGGAAAGGCUACCUAUGCACACUGUGUUGGAAGAGGAACUUGUAUUCCUGUUAUUAUUUUUUCUCACUUAAGUGCCAAAAAUCUUGCUAUCUGAUACUGUAAGUGAUUUCUGUAAAGAACAGCUGUAUGUUUUCUGUUCAUCUCCUUUUCUGAUAAUUUAUUGUGUGUAAAUUGCUUCAUGCACUGUCAACAUUAAUAAUAUUUUUUUUGUUUAUGUCUUGUAAUCUCUGUAAUCAGAAUUGUGUUGUGCCAUAUUAAUAUUGUGCUGCCUAUAAAACUGUUGUGGCAAAAA